AUGUCGAGCUCGACGGCAUCGCAAGAGAAUAAGGCCAAACUUCUCGAACAACUUCGGUUCAGAAAGCGACAGGAAAAAUCCAAUAGCUCAACAUCCUCAUCGUCGUCGUCGUUGGCCACCGACGGGGCUCGUCAGAGUCGCUACCCUCAACCUCCUUCCCAGUCCAGAGACGCAACAGUCAACUCCCGCUUCUUCCCCACCCCGAACACACCCUCUUCAUACGGCAAAGUUCUCGUUCCAAAUUCAAGUCCUGACCCCGCCGAUAUCAUCAACAAUGCCCAACCUGCCCCUCGAAAUCCUCCCAAAAUGCCAGCACUGUCAGCCCAUGCGAACAUACAUGGGACAUCAUGGGCGCAGGCGCGAUCCCUAUUCGGCGCGGACCCUUUGAGUGCUCCUACCACAUUUACCUCGAGCAACACGGCUAGUAGCUCUUCAUUGAGGAGACAGCGCACUACAGAUGGGUCUACGAUCCAACAGGAGGAGCCCCCUCGCAAAAGACUAAACCGGGGUCCAUCACAACAAUCUCGCGAAGUGAUCGACAUUCCCUCCUCACCAGAGGUCGAACGCGCUGCCGUUCGUCGUCGUCCACGUACCAUCUCAGACAGCAUGGAGAUGUCUGUGUCGGAAGACGACUCACUACCGGACGUUGCUUCGGCAAUUUCUGGCUCCUCCAGGUCGCGAUUGGUACGCGACAGGCCUACCCAAGGGUCUCCGGCGCCAAGUAUAUCAUCCACACCUUCCAACGACGCCGCGUAUCAACUGUUCAAAAUGGCAUAUCCUUUGGACUCGGAUGCCCGUGUUCGGGCUGCUUGGACACAAGCCGGCGGCGACAAGUCCAAGGCUGCAGCAUUCCUAUCCAACCCAUCCUGGUCACCGCCGACGCCGUCCAGACCUCAGAGCAAUGGCGCAGAGAAAGAAACAGGACGAGUGAAGGAGAUCGACGAGGCCAACAAACUCCAACGUGCUGCAGUCAGGGAGAAGGGCAAGAAGUCCAUGAUCUACGCCAACCGACCUAUUCUCGAGACCAAUAUUUCUACCCCACCGGUAUCUAAGAUUGCUUCUGAAACUGCGGUGGCUUCUCCAGUAUCACCAGCUACGCCAUUCCUUCCUGCUGCUCGCAAAAUUAAACGGACGAAGAAAUUGGUGCUGGACUCUGAAUCCGAGGCCGAUGACAGCGAUAGUGACGACGAUCGUGAGGUGAAGAAGGCCAGAGUCGCUGAAUCCAGUUACACGACUCGUGCUCUCAACUACUUUAAUACCCGUGAUGUUGCAGCGUUACAAGAACUGACUGGCUGCACCGCUGAGCAGGCGGAGAUUAUUAUUAGCAAGAGACCCUAUGAAUCCCAGGAGGAUUUCAGCGAGAAGUUCAGUGGGGGAAAGAAGAAGGCGGCUGCACUAGGUGGCCUUACCCCGCGUAUAUUCGACGAUGUGGUGAAGAUAUUCAAGGGGUACGGAUCGGUCGACUCCGUCCUCGAAGACUGUGAGAGGAUCGGCGAAAGUCUGCGGUCUGCCAUUGCUUCAUGGACCAUCACCGACGACAAAAAGCCUUCAACGUCCUCGACAGCGGUCCCUACUGAUGAAGUAGAAGACGGUGCUCUCAGUCUCCGGUCGCUUACCAAGGUAUCCGAGAAGAAGUCGAAGAACUUCUUGACGAAGCAGCCUUCAAUGCUUCCCAAGAACAUUCAGCUGAAGGAUUACCAACUUCUUGGUGUGAACUGGCUCAACUUGCUGUACCGUCGGGGGUAUAGCUGUAUCUUGGCAGACGAGAUGGGUGAGAGUCCAUUCAAAGCGUUUUGUCCCUCGAAUUCUGAGUCCCUGUGUGUAAUUUUAGGUCUCGGCAAGACCAUCCAAGUCAUCAGUUUCCUUGCCCAUCUGAAGGAACAAGGCAACCGGGGACCACAUAUGGUAGUCGUACCAUCCUCAACGCUCGAGAACUGGUGUCGAGAAUUCAAACGUUUCGCACCUGACAUUCGCGUGCAGACGUACUAUGCCGGAAAGGAGGAGAGGAUUUCUCUGCGAGCUGUGCUCUUGGAUACCGUGUGCAGCAAGAAGAAAGAGGGUUGGGAAGUCUUGAUUACCACAUACAAUCUCGCGUCGGGCGAUAAACAUGAUCGCAAGUUCUUCAAGAAGUUGGACUGGGACUGCACUGUCUUUGACGAAGGCCACGUUCUCAAGAAUUACCAGUCGGAGCGGUACAAAGACCUGGUGCAGUACGAAUGCAAUUGGCGGCUGCUGUUGACAGGCACGCCAUUGCAGAAUAACUUGCAAGAACUAGUGGUUUUGAAGGAUCUCCCUAACAAGUCUGAACGGAUAGAAUGGUGCGAGAUGACAGAGUUGCAACAAGCAAUCUACAACGACGCCCUAGAGCGUUCCCGGAAAACCAUUCUCGAUGCCGAACUCGAUACCCCAGAUACAGGAACACCCACUGGCACGGGGAAACCCACGACCAAGAAGAAAAUCCGUCCAAAGGAUAAGAUGUAUGUUGAGAACAGCUCGAAUGUUCUGAUGGACCUUCGCAAGGCAGCAUCACAUCCCAUGUUGUUCCGGACGUUGUUUACAGAUGAUAACUUGACUGGGAUGGCACGCCAGUUGCUUAAGGAGCCGGAUUACAAGAAGCGUGGGGCGCUGUUCGAGUACGUUAAGGAGGAUAUGACGGUCAUGACCGAUGCGGAGUUGCAGGUGUUCUGCUCGACGUACAAGGCAUGUAUUUCUUCUUUGGUUUGGCGUGGCCGUUCUAACCUUAAUCAUCAGUGCCUUCGCAAGUUCUUGAAGAAUGACGAUGUCUAUUUGAACGCAGGAAAGGUUACCACCCUGCUGAAGCUGAUAGAGGGGUAUCGCAAGGAGGAUAGGAAGAUGUUGAUUUUCUCCCAGUUCACACAAAUACUGGACAUUCUCCAGGUCAUCCUCAAGAACAAGGGCAUCAAAUUCUUGGUUCUGACUGGUAGCACACCUGUCGACGUGCGGCAAAGUCUUGUCGAUGAAUUCACAGAAGACGAGGAUAUACCUAUAUUCUUGUUGUCGACGAAAGCAGGAGGCAUGGGUAUCAACUUGACCGCCGCUUCCGUCGUCGUGAUGUUCGACCAGGAUUUCAACCCGCACAAUGACAAGCAGGCCCAAGAUCGGGCUUAUCGCAUUGGCCAGAAGCGCGAUGUCGACGUUGUCAAGCUCAUUUCCCGCGGAACGAUAGAAGAAGACAUGCUAAAGCUCGGCGAAACCAAGUUGGCCUUGGACGAGGCAGUCGCAGGCGAUACUGAAGGAAAGGAGGAAAGUGCACCUGAGAAGGCGAUCAAGACUUCCCUUAUGAAAGUGUUAAGACGGCAGUUGGAGAAGGAGGAGGAAGAAAAGGAGGCGGAAAAAUCUAUGAAGGUUUGA